AAAGCACAAGAGGAAAACCUUCAGACCUCCUGCCUAGCUAAAUUACUCGGUACACCUACUGUGAAAUGGAGACUCCUGCUCUGCUUCUCCUCACGACCUUGUGGGUUUUCGCAUUCAAGGUGUCUGUUGCGCAAUGGACACCUGCUACUGCUACAUUCUACGGCGGCAGCGACGCUUCGGGCACCAUGGGUGGGGCGUGCGGGUACGGGAACCUGUAUAACGCCGGGUACGGGACAAACUCGGCUGCACUGAGCACGGCGCUCUUCAACAAUGGGGCAUGGUGUGGCGCCUGCUUCACCAUCACCUGCGACUCGAGCAAAACACAGUCGUGCAAACAAGGCACGUCCAUCACCAUCACAGCAACCAACUUCUGCCCGCCCAACUACGCCCUGGCCAGCGACGAUGGCGGAUGGUGCAACCCGCCGCGGCAACACUUUGACAUGUCGCAGCCCGCGUGGACAACCAUCGCAGACUAUCAAGCCGGCAUUGUGCCCGUCAACUACAGGAGAGUUCCUUGCCAGAGGAAUGGAGGCAUGAGGUUCACCAUCAAUGGGCACAACUACUUCGAGCUUGUGAUUGUCGACAACGUCGGCGGCAGCGGCGUGGUGGCGCAGAUAUGGAUUAAGGGGUCCAACACAGACUGGAUGGUGAUGAGCAGGAACUGGGGUGCCCUCUGGCAAACCGGCGCAUACCUCAAUGGCCAGAGCCUGUCCUUCAUGGUAAAGGCUGAUGAUGGGCGGGUCGUGACGGCGAACAACGUUGCUCCGUCCAACUGGUGGUUCGGUGCCACCUACACUUCCUGGGUGCAAUUCUAACAUCGACCUUCUGUGGUUGAUGCAUGGAUAAGAGUCCUCGUAUAGUCGGCCUAGACUGUCGCUAACGAGCUUGUAUUUACUUUCGUUGUUAUUUUAUCAUUAAUUUAUCUAGAAUUUACUAGGAGCACUAAGGCCGAUUUCUUUUGGGCAUGUGCUCAUGCAUAAGCCGGCAUAUGUGCUUAUCUCCGUAAUCUUUGGUUACUAAUGUAAUAACUUUAUAAUUCAGCUUAUCAGUGCCAA